CGCCUUUCCCACCAACUUGCUUCAAAACUAUCGUGUUAUCCGAGCCGCGUCGGAGAAGGUCGAACUCGGAGUCGUCGGCGUCGUCCUCAUCCUCGUCACCCUCGGUGAACUCAGAGAGCUCCAGGAUCUGCGAUAGCGUCACAUUUGUCAACAUCACUGCCGACUCUCUGCCCGUCCUCGGAGUAGGCAUACAGACACACAAGAUUGCCUGCGCUACACUCCGUGUCUUCACCUGCGGGUUCUUUUGCGCUGUUCAAUUAGCCUCCUUGAUUCGAAUUGCAUUCUAACACGCAAGGUUGUUCACCCUCUUUAUUUGUCGUUUAUAAGGGCAGAACCAUUUCCGCUGUGUAUAUCAUCCCGGUGUAACUGCAUUCAAUGUCUUCAGCAGACGAUGUUUCCCGCAGGCGAGCAAAGUUGGACCGCUGCGGUCCAGGCGAAGAUGGCCGAGAUGUCGCCCUCUACGACCUAGCGUACGCCCUCUGCGACAGGUACGACAAAGAUAGUGAAAUAGAGGACUUAAACGAGGCAAUCACUUUGCACCGCGAGGCUUUGGAACUCCGGCCAGUUAAGAAUGACAAGCGGUCCUUGUCACUCAACGAACUUGCUUUCUGUUUGUCAACCAGAUAUGAAAAGCAGAGGGGAAUCGAUGACUUGGAGGAAUCCAUCACGCUCGGACGUGAGUCACUAGAACUCCGUCCACCAGGGCAUCCCAGCCGUGAUACAUCUCUUUUCAACCUCGCUUACCGAAUCAGGAUGAGGUUCGUGAAACAGGCUGCAACCCGUGACUUGGAAGAAGCGAUUGAGCUGUACCACGCAGCUUUGGAACUACGUCCGCCUGGGCAUCCACGUCGGUCUUCAUCGCUCCGUCAACUUGUUCUCUGUCUCUCGAGUAGAUAUAAAAAUCAAGGGGAAGUUAAUGACCUGGAAGAAGUCGUGACCCUUAGACGUGCACAACUCGAGCUUUGUCCACGAGGGCAUCUUGAUCAUGGCGAAUCUCUUUACAACCUUGCCUGCGACCUCAGGAAGAAGUUCGCACAAAAAUCUGCACUCUGCGACUUGGAGGAGGCGAUUGAGCUGCUCCGUCCAGCUUUGGAACUGCGUCCCGCAAGAGAUGAUCGAUCCUCAACACUCCAUGAACUUGCUCUCUGUCUCUCAAGUAGACACGACGAACUGGGGGCAGUUGAUGAUUUGGAAGAAGCUAUCAUGCUUGGACGUGCAGCACUAGAGCUCCGUCCACUGGGGCAUUCCAAUCGUGGUGAAUCUCUCCACACUCUUGCUCGCGACCUCAGGAAGAGGUUUGCGAAAAAGGCUGUGAUGCAGGACUUAGAGGAGGCGAUUAAGCUGCGCCAGGCGGCUUUGGAACUACAUCCCUCUGGACAUCCUGAUCGUCCCUCGUCGCUUCGUGAACUUGCGCUCUGUCUAUCGAAUAGAUACGACAACAAAGGGGUAGUCGAUGACUUGGAAGAAGCCAUCAGGCUUGGACGCGCAGCACUAGAGCUCUGUCCACCAGGAGAUCCUGGUCAUGGCAUAUCUCUCUACAACCUUGCUUGCGACCUCAGAAAGAGGUUCGCAGAAAAGGCUGUGAUGCACGACUUGGAGGAAGCAAUCGAACUGCACCGUACAGCUUUAGGGUUACGUCCCUCUGGACAUCCUGAUCAUCCUUCAUCACUCCGUGAACUUGCUCUCUGUCUGUCGAAUAGACAUGAUAAGCAGGGGGUGGUCGAUGACUUGGAAGAAGCCAUCACACUCGGACGCACAGCAGUAGAGCUCUGUCCGUCGGGGCAUCCCGAUCGUGCCGUAGUUCUUUACAACCUUGCUCGUGACCUUUUGAAGAAGUUUCAGAAACAACCUGACGUGCCCAGGUCACACGACGCAAAUUCCCUUCAUCAGGUUGCAUCGGUAGUCUGUCCUACAAGCAGGGCUGAUCUUGCCUCUUCCCUUUUCGAGCUCUCGUUACCCCUCUGGGAUAGGUUUCAGAAACAGGCCACGAUGACUGACUUAGACAACGCUAUUUGUUUUGCAACGUAUGCUUUAGAGCUCCGAUUACCCUCCGAGGAUGUUUCCGUUGCAGGAUGGGUUCAGAGGCUGGCCCAGGGGGCAAAUUCGGACGAACCCGUUAUGCUUGGUCGAGCGGUAGACAAUUUAUGUGCCCUUGCGAAUUACCAUAGAGCCAGGUUCCAAACUCAUCACGCAACCGUCGAGCUGAACGAGGCCAUCACUUUAUACCGAUACAUCCUUCAAUUCCGCCCAACCGGGCAUCCCAAUCGUGCUUCACCCCUCCACGACCUUGCACAGUGUCUAGCAGACCGGUUUCGCCAACAACCCGUAGCGGUUGAUCUGGAUGACGCUAUUGCCUUUGAACAAGAAGUCCUGCAAUUACUCGUGCGUGGGGACCCAGAUUACGACGUGUCCCGGCUCUGUCUUACGGCUUACCUCCAAAUGAAGUUCACCUCACAAGUUGCUAUGAUGUCCUCUGAUGCCUCAAGUAUCACCCUCUUCGAUGUUAAGCAAAUCAUACGUAACGUUGCUUUUGAAACCCUCAAAACCGUGCCGACCAGGCUGCUGCACACACCUACUGGCAUCCUGUGCAAUCGUGAUGCACAGGUGUCACAUUUUAUGAAAAGUCAAGAGUACAAGCGGCUGGAGUCUUUGUGCACAACACGCGGCCGGGACCAGCAAAUGGAAAUCAUCCAUACUCAUGUCUCGAGACACUUCCAGUACGCCAUGUUUUCCCACCGCUGGGGUGAAGCAGAGCCAUCAUUGCGCGACAUCGAGGGCCGCCCUGUAUAUAGUAUGUCAACCAAUGGGGGCUUUGGAAAGCUCCAGGCCUUCUGUCGUGUUGCUUUGGAGCGGGAUUACUUAUGGGCAUGGAGCGACACGUGCUGCAUCGACAAACACAGCAGUGCCGAGGUGCAAGAAACGAUAGGAUCAAUGUUCGCGUGGUAUCGCCAGUCGGCUUUAACCAUCGUAUACCUUUCUGACAUUUCCAAUACCGGUUCGCUUGGGAGCAGCGAAUGGUUCAGACGCGGGUGGACCCUCCAAGAACUACUGGCUCCCCAAACCGUAGUAUUCUACACCCAAGAUUGGUCACUUUACAAGAACCUAACGUCUUCAAACCAUAAGGCCGAUGUUACCCUACUAGAAGAGCUGGAGAGGACAACCAAAAUAGAAUUGCGGUUCCUCACCAACUUUUCUCCCGGCAUGGAUGAUGCACGUUCCAGACUGCAAUGGGCGUCAUCGCGUCACACCACUCGACCCGAAGAUAUCGCGUAUUCACUUUUUGGAAUCUUUGAUGUUCAUCUACCCGUUUUGUAUGGUGAAUCCGCAGAGCACUCGCUUGGCCGUCUCCUAGCCGAAAUCAUAUCGCAGUCUGGGGAUAUCUCGGUUUUGGAUUGGAUCGGAGAAUCGUCACCGUUCCAUAGCUGUGUCCCUGCUCACAUCACCGCGUAUCAAAUGCUACCAACGCAUCGACAUCAAUCUAUCGCAGAAGGACAGUCGUCGGCAACGAGUGUGGGCCUCUCAUCAUUCGAAGCAUUGCGUAACCUGUGUGGCUCACUCGCCGCAUCGUUCCUCCCACGAUUUCUCAGCCGUCCCCUGACACCAUCAGGCAUCGCCCCGACGGUUCCGCUGCGAACCCCAGAUUCAUACGCACCAAGCGACGUGUACGAUUUCCAUUCAUUCACUAGAGCACCCCUGCCACGAUUCCUCAAUCGCAGCCUUUUACUGCCAUGCAUUGCCCACGGUGUGACAGCGGUUCAACUGACAGAGGAAGAUCCAUCGGCGCGGAGUUACAUGUACAAAAUCCAGGCAUCCGGUCUAAGGCCAGUGGAGAUCACACUGCGAGAGAAGCUAGAAGAUCCAACAAUUUCGCAAGGUACUCUGCAGCUCGUUCGCCCCUGGCACUCAAAGGGUCAGUCCGCCAUAUUAGAUGCUGCGAAUGAAGAGCAGCUACUUCUUACACUUGGGAGGCCAUUUAAUGCCCUUCUGUUGACCGAGCUGCCUCACUCGCAGUACAAAAGGAUUGCGUCCUCUACCUUCAUUACUGCUCAGCCUGUAGACUCCGCGAGCAUCCUUCAAAGUAAAGUUAGGGUAUUUAAUAUUGUGUAG